AUGCUGGGUAGGGAGUGGGUGUGUGAAGCAGUGCUCAGGGACGCACGCGCCUUUGGUGUGGUGAUGCUGGAGCUAAUCACGGGGCAGGCAGCCAUUCAAGAGUCGCUAGCUCCUGGGGCCGACGAAGAGGCCAACUGCCCCGUGACCAACGUAUCCUGGCAACUCCAGCAAUCCGGCGACGGCCCAGCCCCCCCAGGCCUCCAGGACCCGCGCAUGCCAGCACGGGAGGACCUCGUGUUAGCCGUGGUGCGACUGGCGCUGCGGUGCACUGCCAGGCGCACUGCCGCCCGGCCGGACAUGGGCACAAUCGCAGCAGAGCUGGGCGCAGUGAUGGCGGAGUUGGGGGGUUCGAAGAGGAAUGUUGCUGCAGAGGAGGUGGAUAGGCAGAUGGAGGAGGUUACACCCACAAGAAGCAUGGAGCAGGAGUUUUCUCGGAUAGAAGCCCGGUUCCAAGGUAGUCAAAGUGACUCGUACGCUCGCUUAGACCUGGUUUGA